AUGAAAACAAGCCCCGCGCAAAUCGUAAGGAACCGCAGAGCUGGCAAGUGUGGGAAACUGAGCGAUCACCACGGUAGUGUCACUGGUGGACACGCGCGUAGGAGCGUGGCAAAACACAACGACAGAGCGAUCAAAUCAAAAUUGAAUCCGUGUGUGCGGUGCGGACUGCUGCACCAGCUCCCGGAGCGUAGGGGGACAGGCGUGCCGUGGGGGCAGCGCAUGGACACAGCUAAAUCGCUGGCGGUUAUUAGGGACAGAGUGUGCUGGCAAGAGGAUGGGAGUGGGGGUGCUGGUGCUCACGGAGUCACCCAGUGCAGAAUAUAUGUGCUGCUGGGAGGCCCUGAGCAUAGAAGCAUAAUGGAGACUAUGCAGCUGCUCCUGCUGACUGUGGUUCUGACCCUACCCAUUGUGGAGCAAUCAUCCUACAGGAAUUAUCAACAGAAUGUCACUCUUGAUGAGCUUCUAGGAAAGUGGUACAUAAAUCGUUGGGCAGGAAAUAUGCCUAUUCCUGAAAAAAAGAAGUUCAGCCCACUGCCACCUUUCACAUUCGUCAAGAACAUUAUUGGCAAGUUGGAGUUUAGGAUGAACAUCUCAAGACCUAUUGGGUGUAUUGAGUUCAAGAUAUAUCUGAAUGAAAUUAAACAUCAACCUGGUGUCUUCUACAUCUGGCCAAAGCACCGCAUUGUUUUCAUCUUUGUUGAUGGGAAAGACUUCGCUAUUGCUGUUUAUGUGAAUCAUGUCCUCAUCAGAGAUGACAUUAUGACAAUGCUUAUGG